AGAUGUUGAAGAAAGACGAAACCAGGAGCCGUCAUUUGUAUUUGUCGUCAUCAUCAGUAUCAGUAAUAUAUAAGUGUCAGCUUGAACCCUGUUGUGGCUAGCCAGCCUUCUCCUCUCCCCCUCUCUCUCUCUGACACUUACUAGGGCAUUUUCUCUGAAAAUCACUGAUGGAAAGUGAGAACCCUGCCGCAGAUCAGCUUCCAGAGGCAGAAUCGUUGCCAGAUGGUUUCAGCUCAACCACUGACCCGCUGCCACCCCAACCACACCACAAGGAGGAAAACAUAAUUCAUCCCCAGCCUACCAACUGUGAAAAAUCACAUCCCAAGUAUAUGGAGGACUCUGGAGGAGACCCGAGCCAAAAUAUUUCAGCUGUCAAGGAGAUAUCAUUACCAGAGAGUGUUGAAAACAAAAAAGUAGAUGCCUCUGAAACCAAACGGAAGAUGGUAAAACGUACCUUUAAGUCUGAAAAAGAGUUUUUGGAAUUCACUUUGAAGUAUCAGCAGGUUCUUGCAGAAAGAGAUUCAGCUAUUGCUGUUCGGGAUAAACUGGAGUCAUUGUGCCGUGAGUUGCAGCGCCAAAACAAAGUAUUAAUGGAAGAAUGCAAACGGGUGUCAUCCGAGGGUCAAAAUCUGAGGCUGGAUCUUUCGAACAAGUUUCAAGAUGCGAUUAAGGACGUAAGCAGCAAGCUGGAAGAACAAAAAGAUGAAUGUCUAUUGCAGUUGAAGGAGAAUGAGAUGUUAAAGAGCAAGUUGAAGCAACUUGCAGAUCAGUAUACUCUCUCUGAAAAUCAAUUUGCAAACAAGAUGAAGCAAAAGAGUCUUGAACUUCAGCUUGCUGAUUUGAAAAUUAAGCAACACGAGGAGAAAUCACAGCAGGAACAGUCCCAGAUGAAAAUUUAUGCUGACCAAGUGUCGCAAUUACUGGCAACAGAGAAGAACUUACGGUUGCAAUUGACUGCCGAUGGAGAAAAGUUCCAGCAGUUCCAGGAAGCUUUGCUGAAGAGCAAUGAGGUUUUUGAAACGUUUAAGCAAGAUAUUGAGAAGAUGGCAAAAUCAUUAAAAGAACUCAAGAAGGAGAAUGCUUUCUUGAAGGGCAAAUGUGACAAGUCAGAUGUUACUCUUAUAGAACUUGCUGAGGAGAUUGUCCACCAUAUACAAGCUGAGACAAUCCUCUAUCUAUCUUUGUCGGCAAUUCCUGUUCCUGCCUCCUCCCAGCUAAAAAGAACCUCACUUAUCUUCGCGGGCAUUGUCCAUGCUACGACUCUAAGCGUGAAUUCUUGAAGAAACAGUUGGAGAAAACAAGGAACCAGAAAGAGAAGCUUGAAGCAUUGUGUAGAUUGCUUCAAGCAGAAAGGAAAGCACAAUCAUUAGCUUCCAGCAACUCAAAUUCAGUUAAAGCUUGAAAAUUUCUGUAUAUUAAAUCAUACUAUGAAUGUUUUGGCUGCACAUAUUGAAUCAAGAAACAAUCUGUCUGAUUUACUCUUUUGUUCUAUUCUUGCUACUAUUUCUAUUUUUGUUGCAGGGAAGGAAACAUUUUCAAUUUGUUACCACUAACCUGGUACCAAGUGACAAUAGAUUACCUAGAACCAUCUUGUAGGGGAGAAUGUUGUUUUCCUUGAUUUACCAAGCGUAUGUUGAAUGAAUCUGUUUAAUCUCUCUGCUCAUUUCUUUUAA